AGAAGAAAAGAGAGAGAGAGAGAGGGGGAAAAGACGAUAACCUUGACAUCAGAGCUUUUUAAUUUAACGAGUGUGAGGAGCACGGAACAGAAGAGUUAUGAUAAAAAUUGACUGAGAGCUGCGGCACAUCCUUGAGGAGGACGGGAGUAGAUCAUCGACAGCAGCAGCAACAGCACCAGGACAAAAACAGAAGAAGAAACAUCAGUGGGGGCACCCUGGCUGGCCGGGGAGGCCGUCACGAUAAGUCGUCGUCGUCGUCGUCGCCGUCGCCGUCGGCGACCUUCUUCUUAACCCAAAAUGCGACCCAGUGCCGUGGUGCUCCAGCUCUUGCUGCAGCUGAUCUGCUGGCGACACGACGGCGUUAUAGCCGGGGGCGGCGCCCUCGACUCCGCGUCUGCCUCGUCCGGCGGUAGUGCCUAUCACGCGGCUCGCUCCAUUGGCCCUGGCGGUGUGACCCCGACCAAGACGGGCGCGUCCUUCACAGCUAGUCUCAGCCAAAGCCUUGCCAAGGCCGUUGCUCACGAAGGAACAGAUUCUUGUAAUGAUGACUUGGCAUGCAUUACUAUGGCUUCCAAUGACAGGCUAGGCUUAGAGGCUAUCAAGUCGCUUCACAGUCAGUUGGAUGAUGAUGCCAAUGGAAACAUUGAUCUGUCAGAGUCUGAUGAUUUUCUAAGAGAAGAGUUGCAAUAUGAAGCUGGGUAUGAAAGGAGACAAAGGGUGUUUCAUCACAAUGAUGAUAUGCACAUUAGCGUUAGAGAACUUUGGGAAGCUUGGCUACGAUCUGAGGUACACAAUUGGACCAUAGAACAAACAACAGAAUGGUUAAGCAGUAAUGUGGAGCUUCCUCAGUAUGUUCCUACUUUUAUUCAACACAGAGUUACGGGAUCUACACUUCCAAGGCUGGCUGUAAAUAAUAUGCAUUACCUCAGCAAUGUAUUGGGAAUCAAAGAUCCAAUUCAUAAACAAAAAAUUGCCCUAAAGGCAAUGGAUGUUGUCCUUUUUGGACCUCCAAAAGAUACUGGACAUAGUUUGAAAGAUCUAGUUUUAAUUACUUUGUUGUUUGGAGCACUUGUUGGGUGUUGGUAUGCUUAUCAGCAAAAGAAGAGCUCUCAAAAGGACCUGCAUAGAAUGAUGAAGGACAUGGAGAGUCUACACAAGGCUGAACUUGAACUUAAAAGUUUGCAGAAAGAGUUUGAAAUUGUGAAAACGGAGCAAGAGAGUGCUAUUACGGAAAAGCAAAAUUUAGAAAAACGCUUAAAAGAUGAAAGUAUGGCUUUACACACGUCUUCAUCUGACCUCGAGGUUUCUCAAUUAAAGGCAGAAAUUGAAAUGUUAAAGCUAGAGUUGCAGAGAGCGGAAGGAGAACUCGAGGAUCGCUGUUGGUCUCCUCCUGUAGGUCUGCAACACUGGUUGCAACUAACUCAUGAAAUAGAAAAUAAGUCUUACAUGAAAAAGAAAAUAAGCGCCGAGAAGCAGUUACAAAGUGCUCGAGAAGCUUGUGAAAAAUUAAGAAAAAAAAGAUCAAGUUUAGUUGGUGCCUUUGUUUCCACGCAUGGGAAAUCAAUCGAUGAAGUUGAUAAAAGUAUUUUAGAAGCCAGAACAGCAUUAAACGAAGUAACCGCAGAAUUACAAGAGCGAGUGCAUCGCUGGAAACAAAUUGAACUUCUUUGUGGUUUUAAUAUUAUAAAUAACAAUGGAAUUCCUUAUUUGGAAAAUAUUUUGUACAGAGGAGCGCCAAAUGGUCGAAGUCUUGGACUUAGAGGACGUCAUAGUAGUCAAGAUGAUUUAGACGACGAUGUGAGCUCAAUUUAUACGCCGUCUAUUUCGGGUGCUGCAGGUCUGUCGGAGAGUCUGAUCUGGAAGGAAUCGUCGAACCCGCCGGACUCCUCGAGCAGCGAGACCGGUGGCAAGGAGACACCCCCAGAGGCGGUCCACUUCACCCUCGGCGACAACAGUCCCGAGGAAAACCCCCCAAGCAGCGUUGGCUUCGGGGCAUCUACUGCUGUUGCGAUAGCGCCCGCCAGGUCGAUGGGCUUCGACGAGAAGCUACUCACCGGCAACAUGGUCAGGUCUUACAGCCAGGACGCGAACUUGACGCUCGAACCGAGCGGUGCCACGAUCUCGGGCUUCAAGAGCUCCUACUCGGAAAACUCCCUCGAAGCAUCAACGGUGGCUCGACUUGGGCCUCUGAAGAAACCCGUGCGCGAGCUGCCGGCCCUCAUGGACGAGGAGACCCUGUCCACGGAUUCGAACUCGACCAGCGCGGACAACGACGAGCUGAAACGCCGGCGCAGGAAAUUGUUCCCGGCUUUUCGCAAAAGCAAGAACAAGCCCUCGUGAUGUUGGGGCGCGCUCGAGCGUAAGGCCGCCCUGAUCAAGCGGCUCAUCGCCAAGACGCGGACUUGAGUUUGUUCACUCUCAUUGUUGCCCAAGUGCUACAGGGAAAAAAAAAUACAAUGAUAACAAAGAGAGAUGCAAGUUGAGGAGCAUGGCGUUUGGCUUGACGACGACGCGCUCUGCGUGACCCGCGAGGCUGCACUACAGUGAGUGAUCCGAGGUGUAAUUAUUUCUAGUGUGAUAUAGUAAUUAAAAUUGAAAAAAAAAAAAGUAUAAAAAAAGACGAUGACAAGUAGUGUUGUGAUUGCUGAUGGUGAUGAUGCUGUUGUUUCUGCUGAUGCUGCUGGUAAACUUUUGAAUCCAGGAUUGUGAAUGAUGUGACGUAUGUUUUUCCCUUGCAUUAUUUUUUUGUUUUUUUUUGUUUAUUGACACCAUUUUCGAAACAUUUUUCACAAAUUAGAAUAGUACAUAAGAAAAUUUUCUACGAUGGUUUGGGGUACUUUGGCGGUGCGUGAGAGUAAAGAGGGUUGUUGCAUCCAAAAUUGUACUUACACAUCUCCCUCUCGUGAAACCUGAAUUUAUAGUUUCGUCAAUUACUUGCGAGCUUUGAGACUUUUCCGGACUGAAAGUUGAUGAAAGGUUAAACAAACGCUCUUAAUAUAUAUAUAUAUAUAUCCCUGAACUUGAACUAUGCUCGUUCAUUGGUGCAAUUUUCCUAAAAUGUAAUGAAAUAAGUAAAACAAAUAAUGGGGUACUGUGCAAUCGAACACACUUAGAGAAUUAGCUUUAUCAUCUAAUCGAGAAAUUUCAAUUAUACUUCGUUUCCUUCUUACGUUAUUAUUACCACUAUUACAAACUAUAAUAUUAUCAUUAUUUAUUCUUACAACGAAGUUUUUAUAAAUAAUUUAUUUCUCGUUUGUAACACUAUAAAAGUACUUAAACAGGUGAAUUUUAUCAAUUUUUUAAAAAUAAGGGGGGGGCAGUUUUCGUUUUGUUGGAAAACCGCUUACUAGAUUUGGAUUCGUGCAGAGCCUGAGUAAAUACAAAUAAUUAUCGUACAAUACGUUUAUAGGUAUAGGAGCAAGCAAUAAACUGUUGAUCAAUGAGUCAUGUGAGCGACGGGUUUUGUACACAUUUUAAUAUUCAGAUACGAGAGUGUGUCUUAAAUUAAUGACAAUAUUCUAGUUGAUCGAAAUAUACAAGAAAGAGCUGUGAAACGCUCAAUUAAAAACUCGUCAGCAAUUUUUACGACCACAUCUUAUGUUACCUGUUAAACGACGAUAUUUGUACGAAUAACGUAAUUUCUUCCCUUAUCUUUUUUUCAUGACAAAUAUUUCGUGCAGACUUUUUGCACGAAGCGAACGAUAGGAACCUAAUAUCAUGUUAAUUAUUAAAGUACUUAAGAGACACGGAAAUACGUGACACGCCUGCAGAUGAAUUCAAUUUUAGGAAUUCCGAUUGUUUAAAAAAUAAAAAAGUGACAAAAACUAGAUGCAGUGGAAAAAAAAAAAGAAUAUC